AUGCGCCAAAGAUCAAAAAAUAGCCGAAUCAUCCGCCGAUUCGAGAGAUCAUCCGUUGGAUCCAAUCGAAACCAGAUCAACAGUCAAUAUUCGAUUUGGAAUGUGGUGAGGCGAAGAUUGCGGAGGCUGUUGGAGAGAAACGUAAGCGGAACUCUGAAAAUCGCCGAAGUCACCUCCCGUCUCGUCUCCUUCAAACAAUUCUGCGAAGCGAUCACCAAAAUGGGAUUAGAGAUGGCCAAUCGUCGUCAACUCACCGAUUAUUUCAUGAUUUUCGAAUUUCGGAAAAUCGAGUCAAACGGAUUGAAGUGGAACCCUUGUUGCUACUGCUUUUUUUCUUGCAAGUUUUCGAACCUUGUUUCUCCAAAGUCUCUUCGUCUUCUUCUCCGUCGUCGCCGCUUCAGAAUGCUCCUUCAACCAUUUCCCUACCUUCUCCUUCUUCUCGUCUGGCGCACCGUCGCCGCUUUUCUCAUCGAUCUUUCGUGUUCCAAGGAUCUGUCCAUCCCAAACACGCAUCGGAUUGGCGUCUUCGAAAUGGAGGACUCCAUUCGUUUGGUCGAUGUAUCCGUGAAGACGUUCCGAAGCGAUCAUCUCACCAGCCAUCGAUUCCGCCUGAAAUAUUAA